GCUUUUAGUUCGUUCGAAAAUUUCAAAGUGUUCGGUACGGGACACAAGUUUUCCGCCUUAAAUAAACAAAAGGAUUCCUAGCAAAUAUGUUUCUGAAAUACUUCCUCCUUGCCUCUGCCGUGCUGAUCGGUUUGAGUGGAGCUGACGUCUCGGAAGUCAAGGCGGGUGAAGUGGAACUGCCAUUCAAUGACUUGCUACCGCCCCUUAAUGAUGAACCGAGCACCACGACGACGACCACGACGACGACCACAACGGAGGCGCCAGCCACUACGCUGGCCACAAAGCCAACCAAGAAAUCGUACUACCAGAAGCCAGCCCAGCUGGCCAAGGAGGAUAAGUUGAAGAGCAGUGCCAUCAAGCAGGAUGCUCCACAGCUCCCCUUAGAUCUACUGCCACCUUUCGAAGACGAGGUCAAGCCGGCGGAGGACGCGCCGCAGCCAGUGGUGAACACUACGCCAAAACCCGUGGUUAGGAUCUCUCAGCCGGCUGUGUUCAAGGUCACUCCUCCGGCAGCUCCCAAGGUCACCGCGCCGUCUGCUCCACGUCCGCAGUACUCGGUGCAGCCCGCCCCAGCAUACCGCCCACAAUACUCCGUUCAUCCUGCUCCCCAAGCGGUUCACCCUCAGCCCACCCAUGCUCCUGGUUUCGGAGGCGGGUUCCAGUCCCGAUUCUCAAACUACUUCCUCACCAGCACCCUGCGCCCUAGACGCGGCCCCCUGCCCACUAUCACCCCUUUUCCGCGCUUCGUCAGGCUGUAGGAAUCCAUUUAACUAGAUUAGAUAAGCACCAUUCAAAGCCGACUCAAAAUAUAAAUAAAUAAGAUAUGACACACACUGGAUAGUCAGUGGAAACUAGCGGUAUUAUUUACAAGCGACUGUUGAAGCAUGAACUCUCAACAACUUAUUCGAAGAUUUCAAAUGUUGGCGGAUUAAUAAUUUAUGAAUGAACAAAAGUGGCCAUUUCGAAUCAGCUGUUGCCACUUUGUCAUUUCUGGUUGUCUGUUUUAAAUGAACACCUUCGUAGAGGGAAAAGUGGGAGGGGCUAAAAAUGUUUCCUAGAAUAAUAGUUACCAUUAAGUAAAUUCAUGCAAAUUUCUUAGUGACAACUUGAUAAUUUGUUAACUUUGCCCAGCUUCAUCCUCGAGUUUUGAACUGUAAUACAUAUAUUUAAAAUAAACGUUAAUGCAAU